UCUCGACCUGCCAGUGCCAGUGCCAUUGAGGAGAGCAAGAAAGCUCGGUUGGAAAGAGGUGCAUGGAGGAGGAGGAGGUGUACUGCGCGGUGGGGAAGGAGCAGUGGAACUGGAAGGCGAACCUGCGGUGGGUGCUGGCCAACUUCCCCGGCCGCCGCCUCGUGCUCGCCCACGUCCACCGCCCGCCGCACCGCAUCAACAUGAUGGGGGCGUGGGUGCCGGCGAGCCAGGUGGGGGCGGCCAUGGUGGCCGCCUGCAGGAAGUGGGAGGAGGACGAGGCCAGCGAGGCCCUCGACCACCUGCUCCACAUCUGCAAAGCACACCGGGUCGACGCGCGCAAGCUCAUCGUGUCCGGCGACGACCUGCCGGGUGGCCUCGUGCGGCUCGUCGCCGACCAUGGCGUCGCCGAGCUCGUCAUGGGCGCCGCCGCCGACCGGGCCUACUCGAGGAAGAUGCGGGCGCCCAAGUCCAAGAAGGCGGCCGCUGUCAAGCUCAUGGCCAACCCAUCUUGCAGGAUCUGGUUCGUCUGCAAAGGCAAGCUCAUCUGCACCAGAGAGGCCAGCGACGAGGGGCUUAUGAGCAGAGGAGAGCCAUCCACGGCUAGCACCAGCCCCCGGCCAACUGCUUCCGACGACGGCUCGACAUCGAAAUCCUCGUCGAGCCGCCACGGCGGUGGUGGCGCCGAGCCGGCCGGCAUGGAGUGUCAGCGCGAUAAAUCGUUUCUGGACGGCGAGAAGUCCGUUCGAUCUGAUCAGGGUGACGCGAGCGAGAUGGAGGAUCAACAGACUCGCCGGCCACCUGAAGCUGCGGAGGAGCCCAUGCCCGCCGCAGUGGAUGGUGAUCAAGGAGUCGAUUUCUUGCGGCUCGGUUUGCCGGAGCUGGAGGAGGCGACAGGCCGUUUCGACGAGUCUGCCAGGAUCGGCAGUGCCGGCAUUGGCCGCGCCGGCGUGUACAGAGGAAGCUUGCGCGGCAUGAGCGUCGCCGUCACGGUCAUCUCCCCGGAUGUCGCCGUCGGGGAGGCGCGGUUCGCUCGUGAGGUUGAGGCCAUCGCGAAGGUGAGGCACCCUGGCCUCGUGCAGCUCGUCGGCGCGUGCCCCGAGGCGCGCGCCGUGGUGCACGAGCUCGUGCCGGGCGGGAGCCUGGAGGACCGACUCGAGCAAGGAGGCGACGGGACGCCGCCGCUGCCGUGGCUGGCGCGGUGCCGCGUGGCAUACCAGGUCUGCACCGCGCUGGCCUUCCUCCACUCGUCCGCGAAGACGGUGCAUGGCGACGUCCGCCCGGCGAACAUCCUCCUGCUCGACGACGAGGAGCACCGCCCUUCCGGCAGCAAGCUCGCCGACCUCGGCGUGCGCGGGCUCAUGGCGCAGGCGGAGCAGCAGCGGGCCGGCCGCGAGGCGCUGGCGUACGUGGACAAGAGGUACCUCGCGACGGGGGAGCCGACGCCGCAGAGCGACGUGCACGCCCUGGGCCUGCUGCUCCUCCGGCUGGUCACGGGCUUGCCGGCGCGUUGGGCGAAGAAGGCGGCACUGGAGGCCAACGCUGGCAGGGGCAGGUCCUGGCACCAGGUGGUGGACGCGAGCGCGGGAGGCUGGCCGACGGAGCUGGCGACGGAGGUGGCGCUCCUCGGGCUGAGGUGCUGCGCCGUGAGCGACGGCCGAACGCCGUGUCGCCCCGCCGGUGAGCUGCUCGAGGAGGCGCGCGCCGUGCUGGAGGCCGCGAUGGACGCCGCACCGGGCAGGACGUGGUCUUCGUCUCUGUUGUCAUCGUCGGAGAAGGAGGCGUCUAAUGGCGGUGUCGCGCGGCUCGUCCUGCUUCAUCUGCCAGAUAAUAAUCAGGAUCAAAGCAAUCUGAGAGCCAACAGCAGCAGGUCCAUCAGGUAGUCGACGCAGUGUGUGGCACUGUGGCAGUGGCACAACAUCUGUAACCAAUGAUUGUUUUGAGACGAGAAUCAUGUAUUGAGGUGCUGGUGUUGCUCAGCUUGGCAUUCAGCCGGCCAUCACGACUAGAAAAGAGGUCCUCCGUGUGACUCUUUAAUUUAAACCGGGACUAAUAUGACCAUUAGUCCCGGUUCUAGUGUUCUGUCAGGCUGGCCCCUCCAUCAGCACCUUUAGCAUCACAAACGGAGGCUAUAUGUGGACCUUUAGUCCCGGUUCAUUAUACAAACCGGAACUAAAGAGUUUUUUAUAUAAACCCAUUCGUCCA